AUGGUGUCGCACAGCUGUCUGACACUCCUCGCCACUUUGGUCGCACUUUCUUGCCUCCGGGCUAGCUUGGCCAUGCCAGUGCGUCCCAUCCUUCCUUCGUUCCUUGACGUGCGUCAUCGCGUCGCAUUCUGGCACGGCGGCUCGGAGUCUGCGGAGCCGAGAGGCCAGUAUCCGCUCGUUCACAUGCCUUCUGACAUGACCAGUGCUGGCUUGACGACCCGGCCGCCUCGCUUUUUGGAGCUCGAACACGACCACAUCCUUGUCGCACUGAAGGGCGAGCGCAUGCGUUUCGAUCCCACGCUCGCCGCGCUUCGUGCUCAUCCAAUUGUCAUUGGACGAGGGACGCGAGUAGAAAGGGAAGCCUUUGAUCUGGUCAACUUUCCGGGCACAAAAGUCUCGCAUGUGCUGAACAUCCCUACCGAUCAGCGUGCUUUGCAGGCAUUUCAAGCCGGAGGCAUGCGAACGAUCCAUGUGAUGGCACCGGUCCCUGUCAAUCAAGAGUGGUACAGCAUGCUCCGCAUUCCCUACACAGCGCAGACGCAACAGCAUCCUCCGCUGCUCAUCUAUGAGCUCUCCGUCGCCAAGCGGCAGCAGCACGACUACAUCAGGCUCAUUGGCGCUGCGAUCGUGCAGGAGCCCCAGAAUCCGUUCAACUUUUUGAUCAGGUGGAACUCGAGUCCGGCCGUGACGAGCGUCGCACGCAUCCAAGAUGAGGCGAACGAAGCGCCCGAGCACCGAGGUAUCGAGAGGCCCAAGCCCAUCUCAAAAUUGUGGGUCGUCAGAAGGCUCUUGGCCACCAGCAUCUCUGCAGCGCUUGGAGGCCAUAUGCGGGAGGCCUGUGCUCGACGAGACCCACCUGCGACGUGGGCUGUGGUGGCGGUAAUGAAGUGGACGCGCCUGCACCAGCCCACUGGGCCCCUGCGACUUCAUAUUGUUGCCAUCCACACGACUCUUACAGUAGCGCCUCCUGAGAGGGUGACGGGGGCCACAAGCUCGAGGACGUGCUUGCUUCUUGACCCUCAACCUCGAUCUUUCCGAAUCUCUCCUCCUUUUCAUAUCUUCUCUCCGUUCAACUCGAUUGUAGCUAUGGUUGCUGCUAAGCGCACGAUCAAGCUCACCUGUGCACUGGUGCUGCUGCUCUCUGUAGUUGCAGCCGUGUCGGCCCAGGGCGACAACAAGGCUGCCUCUCCAGCCGCAUCGCAGGCACCUUCGGCAGGCAAGCCUGCGCAAGGAGGUCAGCUUGCAUCUUCGCCCAACGGCGACGACGAUGACGACGACGAUGAUGGGGGCAACAUCUCAUCGCCCGCCGGUGGGGCGGAUGCCAAGACAAUCUUGGCUCACUCUUCGCACAUGAUGGGUAGCAACGACGAUGCUACCGAUGGCGAUGAGGAUGCCAAGGACCCGCACGCUACGGCCAAGAAGCACAAUGGCGGUCACAACGGCCAGUGCGUGACCGAGUGCGCGUCCAAGUCGACCCAGGACGCAGGAUGCGGUACGGACCUGAGCAAGCCCGACUGCUUCUGCAAGGCUCCCUCGUUCGUCGACGGCACGUUUGCCUGCAUCAAUGCUACCUGUCCUCAGCAGUUCCAUGGCGCCGCUGGUGUCGUCAAGAGCAUUUGCAGCGUGGCGGGUGCACCGGACCUCAAGAUUCCCGGCUACACUUCGCCCGACAACCUCGAGCACAUGCCCACUAUCAACGAUGGCAACAACACCAAUACUACCACCACUCCUGGUGCGGGUGCGGGCGCGGGUCCUGGGUCUGGUGCGGGGUCGACCUCGACCUUCACCAUGCCCAAGUCGAUGCAGACCCCAACGCAAAAGGUCCCCACCGGCCCCGCGGGCUCGGGAUCGGGUACGGGCACGGCUACGACGUCCGGUGCUGGACGCAUGGACAUGGUCGGUGUGGUGUCGAUGGCCGCUGCAGCUGUCACCAUCGCCUCGGCUGCUGGCCUCCUUGUGCUCUUCUAA